AUGGUUGGAUUUGCAGCAUGUCAGUACAUCUUUUGUCCAUGGGCCUUGGUUGGUUUUGGGAGACUUUACUGUGUGCUGGGUUCUCAUGAAAAACGAGGUGGAGUUCUUCCCAAGCAAGCUUCUUGUUCUGAAUUCCAAGAAAUGAUGACGAAUUGUGAUCUUAUUCAGCUCCCUACAAAGGGUAUGCCUUUUACAUGGACUAACAAGAGGGGUAUUGGAGCUCGCGUGGAAAUGCGGCUUGAUAGGUGCCUUCCCAAUCUUGCAUGGAUGGAUGCUUGGCCUAUUUUGGACUGCUCCACCUUGCCGAGAAUAUCUUCAGAUCACUGCCCGCUACUAGUUUCUUUUUCAAUGAUUUUAAAUGUUCCAAAGGCUCCAUUUCGUUUCCAACGCAUGUGGCUCGAUCAUCCGGGCUUCAUUUCUGUGGUCGAUGAUGUUUGGAAGUCUUCUCAGUUCUUUGGUUGUCCAAUGUUUGUUUUAGCCUGUAAACUUCAUCUACUAAAGCACAAGCUCCGAGCAUGGAAUAAGAAUGAAUUUGGGGAUGUCAAUGCUAAUGUUGAGUCAGCUAUUGCGGAUUUGGAGGAAGUUCAGCUUGAAAUUUCGAAUUUGGGACCCUCUGAAGAUAGAAUCUUACUUGAAGAUGAUGCUACUGUUCGUGUCAAUGCUGCCCUUGAGUCUCAGGAGAAAUUUUAUUGUGAUAAAUCUCGUAUUAGUUGGCUUUCUAAUGGAGAUAGAAACACUUCUUUUUUCCAUGCUAUGGUGAAGGUACGUAAUCUCAAGCAAUCCUUAUCAGUUAUGAGAGAUGGAAAUAGAUUACUUGAGGACCCUAAAGAAGUAAGUGGUCAUAUUAUUGACUAUUUUCGAUCCCUUUUUACUGCUGAUUAUUCUGUGGUGGACACUGGGCUGGUUGACCGUACCAUCCCUUGCCUUGUUUCAGAUUUAGAGAACAAUGCGUUGAUCGCUAUGCCUUCUUCUGAUGAGAUUUACCAGGUGAUGUGUUCUAUGGAUCACUCAAGUGCCCCGGGUCCUGAUGGCUUUGGAGGGGUAUUUUAUUCUCAUUGUUGGUCAAUUGUGGGACAAGAUGUUGUUUCCGCUGUUCAAAGUUUUUUUUCUCAGAGCUAUAUUUUGCCAAACUUUAAUUCCAACUUGAUGGUUUUGAUCCCUAAAGUUCAAGGGGCAGAUUCUGUUACUCAGUUGCGGCAUAUUGCCUUAGCUAAUUUUGUAUUCAAGAUCAUUACAAAGGUUUUAGCUGACCGUCUAAGUCCAAUUGCCUCUCGGAUCAUAUACCCUCUUCAAAGUGCUUUCAUCAAGGGGCGCUCAAUUGCAGAUCCCAUUAUAACAACAUCUGAGUGUAUAAAUCUUCUGGAUCGUAGUUGUCAAGGAGGGAACAUUGCUAUCAAGUUUGACAUCUGCAAGGCUUUUGAUACCCUUGACUGA